AUGUCUUCCAUAGAUAUACACAAGCAUUUGAUAUGUUGCACGUUAACGAUAAAUUCCACUACUCUAUACACUUACGAAAACCAGCAGCUUACGUCACAUCUCAACAAGUUAAAUUGUUCAGAGAUAAUAUCUCAAGAAUUAGGGCUUAUCAAUUCGUCAAAGACAUUGGUUGGCUCUAUCCCAGUUUCAACAAAUACGUCGCUUAAACUUUCGCUAUACUUUAUGAAGAAAUUCCUCAAUAUUGAUGGCAGUCGCGAUUUAAUCACAGUUGUCGCUAUAGCACAUGUCGAUGUGAACAAAACUUUUAUAUUAAUCGUUUUGAGAAAUAUCAUGGAUAAGUACAUUGAGUUUAAGAUGAGGCAGGAGGAUAAUAAGAGCGACCGGACCCAAAAGUCGAAACCAGGAGAGUUCAAGUUGUUUAUGAACCAGAUCAUCAAGUAUGAGGAGAUGAACUAUAAUCUGAAUGAACAAGUAUAUGGCUAUGGAUCAACAAAUGGAAACGAUAACGAAGCUGAUGCCGAAGCCAGCGGCAACAACAACAGCAACAACAACACUGGGUUGAUCAACGCUAACCAGCUACUAUUGGCUAAUGAGGAAGUGGGAGAAGUGAGGCAGUUGAUGCUAGAGAACAUAAACAAAUUAUUGAAACGUGGGGACAAGAUUAACUCCCUAGUUGAUCAAACGGACAGAUUGAACACUUCAUCGCUGCUUUUCCAAAAAAAAGCCCAGCAGAUCAAAAGAAAAAUGUGGUUCCACAAAACGAAAUUUAUUGCAUCAAUUACAGGCGGGGCAAUGAUUGUAGUUUACUUGCUUAUUGGAAGUGAAUGCGGUUACCCCUUAUUUGACAGCUGUAGAAGCUAG